AUGAAUAAUAUGGAUUCAACUCCAGUAAAUUGCCUUGAUUUUCAAUCAUUUGAGAGCGCUUUGGAAAAAUUACGUAGAAAUGACGACAAGGUCAGUUUUCGAUUAAACUGUGAGAUUCCAACAAAAUCAUUUUCAUCAAAAAAGACGGAUAUUCAAUCAAUUUGUUCUCAGAUUGAGAGUGAAUUUAAAAAAUUACAGGAACAACGUUAUAAUAUAAUUGAAAGAUGUUUAGAUGAAAACAAAGUUUUGUAUAAUAAUUUGUCUAAAAAAGAUACUCCUGAUUAUGAAUUAAAACCUAUCCUUAAUAGAAUACGUCUUAUCAAGCGUGAAAAGUCUGUUGAAGAGGUAAUAGAAACUCAAACACAAAAAAUGAUGUCUGAACGUUGUAAAAAGGAACUAUACAAAUAG